AUGCGCGAUCCGGGUUAUGGCUAUGGUGGAGCUGGGGCUGAAAUGCGCGUUCCGGAUUAUGACUUUGGUGGAGCUAGAGCUGAAGGUGCUUGGCCCAACGGCCCCGGUUAUGGUUAUGGAGUUCAUGGAGUGCUGUACAGCAGUAGAAACAAUCACAGAGGCCCGAAUGCUGGUGUCACUACUGAAGCUAAUGUGGUGGAAGGGACAGCGAAUCCUAACGAUGGUGGAAGUGCUACGGCGGCAACGACUGGUAAAACUAUUUCCACGCUCGGGUCGCAAGAUGGCAGCACACCAAGCAGUAAUUCCACGGCUCCAAGCACGAAUACGGACACCCCAAUCAAAAGUGUCAGUGACGACGGUACUGCGACGCAGCAGAAGGGGUAUCGAUUGCUCCGAUCAGACAAUAGCGAAAGAG